GCGGAAGUUAGUGGGACUUCAUGGAUGGAACUGGGCGGGUCAAUUGAGUACAUGAACAUCAGAAUCGGCGGACGUACACUAUUUUCGAGUAUUUUCAAUACACUGGAGUUAUAAAGACUACAGCUGGCUUAUGAUCAGUCGAUAAGAAGCCACGAAGUGACAGUUCUGUUACCCUAUAACUCAAGAAUACGCUGAAACGAACAGAGGUUUCUAUUGAGUUUCGUUCCUCCACUCUUGGGACGUCUACAGAGUAUGUACAGUAGGACAAUGAGAAUACAGGAUAAUAUGCCAGAAUACAAAGCAAAACAUAUCAAAAAUAUGACAUGUAGGCCUAUUUCAACUAGUGGCAUCUAGAAUGAGUAAAAGUUUUGGCCUAGUUCAACCAUCUCUUAUCCAACAGAUCAAAAAAAUUCUUGACCAAUACCCUGAUGAUGGUCAAAUACUCAAGGAACUGAUUCAAAAUGCUGAGGAYGCUAGAGCAAAAAAAGUGAAAUUUUUAUAUGACCAUCAUUCACAUCGGACCAAAUACCUUUGGCACCGUAAACUGGAUAAGUUCCAGGGUCCAGCAUUAUAUGCCUAUAACAAUGCCAAGUUUACUGAUAAAGACUGGGACGGCAUUGGUAUGUUGUGUGACAGCAUCAAGGAAAAGGACCCAACGAAAGUUGGACGGUUUGGUCUUGGGUUUAAAUCUGUAUUCCACAUGACAGACCUUCCAAGUGUUAUCAGUGGUGAUAGUGUAGGAAUAAUUGAUCCCGAGGAGAAAUACUUCAGAGAUAGCGAUGGUAAAAGAAGAUCAGGUCGAAAAUGGCACUUGAGAAAAGACCGAGGAACUAUGCAGAACACCUCCGAUCAGUUUGCUMYUUACAAGGGAGUUCUUGGCUGCACUGAUGACUCCUUUAAGCGAGGUAGCUAUGAAGGGACACUCUUUCGUUUGCCUUUAAGACAAAAAGCUUCCAAGUUGUCAGAUACCAUUUAUUCACGAGAAAGGAUGACAGGAUUGUUCGAGKGCUUUGAAAAAGAUGCUCAUUUGAUUCUACUUUUCUUGAUGAAUCUUGAACAGAUCGAAAUUUAUGAGAGAGAAGCACACUCUUCACAACCUAGAAAACUAUUCCACGUUGGAAUCUCAAACGAUUGCUUGGCAGAAGUCAGGAAAGCGAGAAAAGAAUUCAGUACCAAAGUACAAGAAAAUGUCUCGGCUCUUUCAGGUGGUUAUUUUCCUGAAGUGAAAAAGACCUACACUCUUACCAUUGAAACAGUGCGCUACAACAAUGGAGAAAGCAAUAAGGCAGAGCACUCCUUUGUCGUUACAAUGUUUUUUAGUGGAUCUGGUGUGACUCAAGAGAUAAAAGCUUUGAUGACAGAUGAAUCGCUCAGCUACUUGCCAUUGGUUGGUGUCGCUUUACCUCUCCAGCAGAAAAUGAAGCAGGAAGACUGUAGAGAGGAAGAUGUUGAUGAUGAUGACGAUGAGUAUGAAAUGGUAAAGAGUAGAGGAAGCAGAAAGAAGAGAAGGGAAAAAAAUGGCGGGAAUAAAAGGAAGAGGAUGAAAACAAGUGCAAAUGAGCCACAGGGCCAUCUUUUCUGCUUCUUACCUUUGCCGCUAGAAAGCAAAAGCCUGACAGGUCUGCCUGUUCAUGUUAAUGGUUUCUUUGCCUUGAGUCAGAACCGUCGUCAUCUGAAAUGGCCAAGUGCUGAUCAAGAUGAAACAAUCCAACCCUUGACAGACAAGUCAUUGCUGUGGAACAAAGGGUUGUUGCAGGAGGUGCUGCCCAAGGCCUACGUUGAGCUUAUUCUCCAUGUCAUUUCAUGUUUGUCAGAAAAAAAACCACGACAAAGGUUGGCCACAAGUGAUGCGUACAGUGCAUGGCCAGACGUAAACAAAGUUGAUGUAAAAUGGAAGAGCAUUCUGCAGCCAUUAUUUGAUAAACUGUUGCAAUCUAAAGUACUGCACACGGAUGCUAAUGGCGGAGGCUGGUGCAAAGUGGAAGAGGUUCUCCUUGACAGUCUAGAGAAAAGUGAUCAGUCCAUGAGGCGAAUAGUGAUUGACCUGCUUAACAGAACGGGCCAAAAGGUUGUCACAGCUCCAGCACAUGUGAAAAAAGCCUUGCAGGAAUUCCGCACUAUAAAUCAUGUCACCCCAAAGAUAUUGAGAGAGAGUUUAAAGGCAUAUCCAUCUUGCUACUCCUGUUUGAGCCACCAGGACAAGAUCCUACUUUUGAAGUUUGUUCUCAGUGAUUCUAACUUCACAGAACUUGAAGGUCUCGAAUUGCUACCCUUAUCUAACAAGACAUUCGCUACAUUCAGAGGACGAGGGGAUUUUCCCAUUUACAUUGAUUCCGCUGAACACCCAAAGUCACUGUUGCCAGGGUUACAGGGAAGGUUCUUGGAUACAGACUUGGAUGACACUGUAAUAGACCAAUUGAAAAACGCAGUCGAUCAAGGCCAUACACAGUUACGUCACUUCAACAAAGAAGCUGUUAAACAACAUCUCCGCCAAACACUGCCUCCUGAAAGAUCCAACCAACCAACAAUUGAAUGGUUGAAGACCUUGUGGGAGUAUUUUGGUAGACAUUUUGCGCACUCGAUUGAUUUAGAGCCAUUUAUCGGGCUUCCUCUUGUUCCUGUGACCCCGUUGUCAAAUCAGAGCGAGGUACAUCUUGCUAGAAUUCAGCGACCAUCCAGUCUUGUUCUUGCUUCAUUCAACGAUGAAAGUAUUGACGAGUCAGUAUGUCACGUCUUGGAGGAUCUUGGCUUAACAAUCUUGAAAUAUCUUCCAGAGUACAUACGGUACUAUCCUGGAUUAGUUCCUACCUUCGCUAAGCCGGCAAGUCCAAGGGGGGUUCUAAGUGCUAUGUGUGUUUUCAUCAAAAAGCCUAAGAACAAGGAAAAGCUAAUAGAAAAGUCGAAGAAGCUUCACUGUAAGCAUAUUAGGAGUUUUCGAAAAUUCCUGUCAAACAUAUCACACGUGGACGCCGACAUGAAGGAUCUUCUUCGAGAACUACCAUUGUUUGAAACAUGGGUCGGCUGUAGCGAAAAUCAAUCUCGUUUUGUUUCACUGGAAGAGGUAAAGAACGCUGCUCCGACUGAUGAUGAACUGCCUCGUGUGAAGGUGUUCAAUGACUUAAUUGACUUGAGGAAGCCCCACAGUAGUCGUCUUUCAAGUUUACUCGGUACUUUACCCAUGCAGAAAAGGGAUCUCUUGGAUAUGAUGCUAGACGAUGCACUUAAUGAUAAGUACUCUUAUGAAGAGCUCGAUGAAAUAGUGCAAUUCAUCUUCAAACGCAUUGGCAUGUUUAGUGAGCAAGACGCAGCGUGUCUYAUAAAGAAGCUGAAACGACUACCAUUUGUGGCGUGUGAAAACCAAACGAGAAAGAGACCUGAAGAACUCUUYGAUCCAAAUGUCAAAAUCCUGAGCAAGGUCUUUUUAGAUGAACGGGUAUUUCCAGAGAAGGGAUACUACGCUCGACCAGAUGUUCUGAUACAUUUGAGGAAGUUGGGCCUGAAAGGAAAAGAWGGUGUAACUGCUUCUGAUAUUUGCAAGUGUGCUAAACUUGUAAACCAGAAGAAAAACRUUGACGAAGCGAAAAUAAAAUCCACUGCCAUCCUUAAACUCUUGGAACAGUAUCCUUCCCUGCUAGAAGAAAAGGUGGAACUUGUUCCAUUGAAGAAUUGCUUAGAUGACAUUCCUUGGAUUCCCGUUUUAAUGAAGAGGCCAGAAGCCUAUCCCACCAAUUUCCCCUUGAAAAAUAACAAAAAUAKAUAUUUUGCCUGCCCGAAAGAGGUGACAUCGCACGAUUUUAUCAACCUUGUUGGAAGCAUCAAAUUCCUGGUUGACACACGAGAGUUUUCAGGAGUUUCUGCUCGAUUUGGAUGGGAUAAGCAACCAAGUCUUCAGGACGUGAAAAUCCAUCUUGAAAACAUCAUUGACGUUUUCCAGAAAAACRAAAACAUGGAUAAUCUUGAAACUAAAAAAGCUUUCGAGAAAGUGUAUUCUUACUUUCAGGGAAGACUAAGAGAUGAAAGAGAGGAGAUCAAACAGAUGCUCUCGCCAUCAUUGAAGUUCAUUGUUGUACAGAAUAGUCUUCUUUCUACCAACCAAUUGGCCUUUUCGUCCCAAGUCARCUACCCGCCAUACUUGUGUCAACUUCCGGGUUACUACAGCCAAAAGUUUUGCCAGUUAGUUAAGGCUCUUGGUGUUCGAGAAUCCUUUGGGGUGCGUGAUUAUAUCAACACGCUAAGUGAAAUAAAGCGCAAGUAUGGAAAGAACCCAAUUACAAAGGAAUUUAAACAAGUGACAGAUAUAUUAAAUUUGCUWGCAGACGCCAUGGAAGAGGAGAAGGUCACAGUAGUCGAAGCGGUAAAKAAGUAUGGAACUAUUUUCCUCCCUGAUUCGAAGGGGUUGAUGAAACCAUCAACAGAUGUGUGUGUGAAGGACUGCUCUUGGAUGCCCGAUGAGAAAGGAGUCGUUUACGCAAAUAAAGGUAUACCCUUUAAUAUCUGCAUCACACUUGGAGCGAAGACGAGAAGACAGGAAACACUYAGYAAGCACACAUUUGGCAUUCCAUUUGGACAGAAAGAGAAGCUUACCAAUAGGCUUAAGCGGAUACUUAAGGGAUAUCCAUGCGACGAAUCAMUCUUGAAGGAACUUAUCCAAAACGCAGACGAUGCAAAAGCAACAAAAGUCUGUUUCAUUAAGGAUCCUCGUAAACAUCGAGAUAAGAGAGUCUUUGAAGAGUGCUGGAAGCCCCUCCAAGGGCCUGCKUUGUGCGUUUACAACAACGCACCAUUCACAAAGAGUGACAUCGAGGGAAUACAAAACCUUGGCGAAGGGARUAAAGGAGAUGAUCCAAACAAAACYGGUCAGUAUGGUGUGGGRUUCAAUGCAGUGUAUCAUCUGACCGACGCGCCAACAUUUAUUUCCCAAGGAGACGAGAUUGGGGAAGUAAUGUGCGUGUUUGACCCSAAUCUGAAGUUCGCCCCUGGUGCAAAUGAGUCAAACCCGGGAGUCAUGUAUAAAAAACUUCAUUCACUGAGAAAAACCUUUCCUGAUGUAUUUCCAUGCUACGAUCUUGAYCAAUACCAUCCACUAACUAAUGCCACAAUGUUUCGGUUCCCGCUCCGAAAUGAAGACAUGGCUACCACGUCCAAGAUAAGUAGCAAGGCGAUGACAGUCCAAAAGUUGGACUAUCUGUUGAAUGAUUUCRAGGAAGAGCUUCUUCAGGUUCUCCUAUUUGUUAACAACGUCAAGGAGAUUUCCAUUUGUAAAAUUGACAAGAAAACUGGAAAGCUGAAUGAGUCCUACCGUGUCCAGUCGUCGUUGACUUCAGGCGAUGAAAAGAAGCGAAAAGAUUUUGCUGCUCGUGUCAGUGAAAUUGGAAAACGUUUACAGAGUGGAGAAAUGUCUGUUGCAGAGAUUCCUGUGCRUCAAGUAUCCUAUGUUGUUAAGCUGGAAGACAGCAAAGGUUUAAGACAGAAAUGGUUUGUUGUUCAGAAGAUUGGCUUUGAACACGAAGAUAAAAUCCCAGGCAACAUUCAAGAAGCAUUUGAAAGAGGAGAUCUUGGUCUGUUACCACGUGGUGGAGUGGCAUCGUUGAUCAGUUCUUCGGGGGGUCACCAAGAUACUCAGGGAAAAGCCUUUUGUUUUCUUCCCCUUCCUUUCAARACCGGUCUUCCAGUUCAUAUUAAUGGACAUUUUGCUCUAAACCACGAGGAUCGUAGAAGCCUSUGGCGAGAUGAUAARGGAGACUACAGGAGUAACUGGAAUGAUGCAUUAAUACGACAAGUGGUUGCGCCAUGCUAUGUAACCUUACUAGAUGAGGUGAGGCAGYAUAUUUCUUUGUCGAGAGAAGAUGAUGGAAAGACGUACAUAAAAGGUGACAAAGACAAAGGAGAAAGUGUUCUUUCUAACUAUUUAGAYCUGUUUCCUAUAAACGUGAGAGCUCAGGAAAGUUACUGGACAGUGCUCUGUAAGGAAGUCUACCGCCAUAUGAAUGUAAAAGCCCUACCUCUACUACCAGCUCUUCGUCAAGAAAACAAAGGGAAAAAACCAAAAAGAWACGUGGUCGAGUGGCUGCCCCCAACAGGAAAAGGCCGUACUAAAGCCUUUUUCGAUAAUYUUGCAGAAGCCUCACAAGACGCAAGCGAAGACAUUGGGAGCAAAAGAAAAGCCGAAGAACUGCGGAAGGAAGAAGAUUUGAGGGACACUCUUCUUGCUGUGGGCCUCAACCUUCUUUGUGUGCCAAUGAGAGUAUACAAGUGUUUCAAGAAUUCCAAUGUGGAUGUAAAUCUUGUCUCACCGUUUGAGGUUAUUAGUUUCUUUCAAAGUUAUAGAACCUCAAACCAGUUGUGUAACGUCGGAAGUCUGCCUUUGCAUAUUAAAGAUACCCGGUUCAAGAGCAACAUUGACUUGCUUUCAGUUCUCAAGUAUUGUAAACAAGAMAAAACCUUUUUACAAAGACUAGAAGGUCUGCCAUUGUUACUUACCGAAGACAACGUCCUUCGGGUCUACAGCCAAUCAGAAAAAGUCUUCCUGAGUAAAUACUACAAAGUACUUCCCCAUUGCCAAUCGAUGUUUGUAMAUCACAAGCUCUUAAAUUCUGUCUUUCACUUUAAUGAUGAAGCUGAACAUCUUCCUUCUCCGGUUUUUAAACGAUUUGAUGUAGCUUCCUUGGCAAGUCAACUACCAAACGAAGUGGGAAAAAGCCGGUACACUACCGAAGAGAGCUAUGCUACCUGGGUUCCAGAGGACAAGAUAAUUCCAAACAGAAAAUGGGUCAAUCAUACCUGGAAGUUCUUUUCAGCCCAUAUCGAGAAAAAAAUCAAAGAUAAUGAAAAUAACAAAAGGGGCGUUUUUCGUAACACUCUGCAGGAAGCAAGAAUGGAAUGGAAUCAACGCCAAGAUCAUGUACCAGACGCAAAGAAACGUCUCGCGCAAGAAGUCUUAGAACCAGUCAAGGAUUGGUGCCUUUUACCAGCAGUUUUGCCUGUUCCACAUAAAGAAUCCUUUCAUUUUCGACACGUUUUGGCGCCUUUGAAAUUGGCUGAAACUGUGAUUUAUCUCGAAGGUUCAGGGUAUCCGUCGCUUAAAGAAUCCCUCAGGAAGGUCUCUAUACCAGAAUUACACCAUGAGGUAAUCGAGGAAGAAAGCAUCAUGACAGCAAUAAGAAUUGUGGCAGACCUAGACGACCCAAAGUCAGUUUUAUCAGCUCUUUUACACAAGUUUAAAACUGAUUCUCAGGCAUUUAAAAAUUUGCAGGAUAAUGAUUGCAGCAAAGUUUUGAGUUACUUUAGUGAUCAACUAUCCCUAUCCCCAUCCCUAUCCCCAAUGGACUCGAUGUGUGUCGAAAGUCUAAGAAAGUUGCCACUAUACGUAACCAUUCAUGAUGACAUCACCAAUAUCAGUGGGAAAAAGGCUUUCGUCCUCUCGCCAAGAAUUCCAAAAGACGACAUGGAUAUCUGGGAAGAAAAAGCAGGGAUUGUUUUCCUCAAAGAAAAUGAGACUCUAGACAAGGUAUAUGAAUUCAUUCAGURCCACUCAAAAGAAAACGUUGACGUCUACUGCGAGGUGAUCUUCGAGAAAUUUGAGGAAAUGAGCAAAGAAGCAAGAGUAAACCACCUGACGUUUGUCGAGGAAUUACUGAGAGAGUUAGAAUCCGAAAAUGAUGGUCAUCAUAUAAUAUUUGAAAUGAUGAAAAAGAAAGAAAAGCUACGGAAGCUAUUUAAAGCUCUCUGUAAUUUGAAGUUUAUUGCGGAAGAAGAUGGGGCCACUUUAAAACCAGCAUCUUCCUUUUAUGAUCCAUCCAACAAAGUUUUUGCUGCAAUGUUUAAAAACAACCAAGAGAUGUUUCCACCAGAACCGUUUUGUGACGACAAAUGGCUACCCUUUCUACGUCGGAUAGGACUCAUCCAUAAAGUCACUGACGAGAAGUUCGUGCAGUUUGCCAAGCAAAUCGAAUCAGAAGCUAAAACAAGGCAAGACGAUGGAACGAGAAAGAAAUCGGAAGCUUUGGUAACUUACCUAUUCGAAUCUGAGAACAUCGCAACCAGCAAACUACUGGAUGAUGUUAAGGAAAUAUGUUUCAUCUUUCCUUAUGUCGUCGAUCUUAGUCUGCAARGCAUCCACGAGCAGUAUGGCACGAGUGAAACUGGUUCACGGUGCAUUUGCUUUCAAGGCUCUGUAGCCUCCAAGAACCACUCUAUUACCUGGACAACUGCUAACCUCUUAUCAGAUUGUGCCAAUCCGUUUCGUUGUGAUGACUUUGAUCUAACAAAGCAAAACGAAAUUGCUCGACGACUGGGCAUUCUUCGAAAACCAUCCGUUGAUAUGGUUGUCAAUCAUUGCAAGAACAUGUGCCAAAUGAAUCCCAGCAAAAAGUCUGACAGAAAACGAAGCGAAAAAGGUCCUCAAAAAGUUGUUGYAAUAAUGGAAAGUAUUUACAAGUAUCUGAAAAAGAACUACUCUGGCAAUAAAGAAGUCAUUGAUUUUCUGAAGAACAUCCGCUGCAUCGUAGUUGAAGAUGGCAAUCGCUUUGUUCUUCCAAACCAAGUGGCCGUGGAUAUCACCUCUGAACAAGAAAUCCAGCCAUAUCUGUACAAGAUUCCUCGUGAUUUGGCACCUUACGCAGAAUUGUUUGAAAAUCUUGGCACAACAAACUGUAUCACUGCAGCACAGUAUUCGAUGGUACUGAAGAAUAUACACGAUGAAUGUGGCGACAAGAAGCUUCACCCUAACGAGAUACGCAAUGCUUUUAAAGCCACAAAAGGUUUUUUUGAAACAUUUAGUAAAGUUGAAGACACUGAGAUUAAACCUCUCUACCUACCAGGAGUGAAACAUCAUCCGUCUGACCAUUCCAUCAAUAAUAUGGUAUUUUUGAGACCGUCUGCAGUCAUUUUGUACAAUGAUGCUCCACACCUCAAAGAAAGAAUAAGGCAAUUCAAGGAAUUGAUUCUUGUUAAACUCGCUGACUGUGAACUGGAAGUAAAUAAUGAAGACCUGCUGGUGAAGAAGCUUCCUGAAUCCAUUCGUCCUCUCAUGCUUACGUCCGUGGUUCGUGAGGCCUUAGUGGAAGAAAACCAGGCCCUUUCUUGUUCCAGCACAGCACAAGAACUCCGGCAGGUUUUGACAUCACGUGAGUUUUGUCAUGGAAUGAUACGCCUGAUCAAACAUGCUGACUACAACAGUGAUGUAGAGACCAAAACAGAUAUCCCUGCCUUGGUACAAGAAAGAUUGAGAUGCAUUCGUGUGUGCAGCGUUCCUAACCUUCGGACGAAGCUUGURUACAAUGGUAGAGCAAUACCUGGGAGUGAAGCAGACGUUUCUUGCUUCGAGGAAGAAACGGUAGAAGAGGGAGAAACAGUGUGGGAGAUAUACAUCGAAAAGGAAGCUGAACUUUCCACGUACGUUUCAGUGGUGGCUGAAAUCAUAGAUAGAAUAACAGGACAUCUUCUGAAAACAAUGCUGGUUCAUCUUCCAAUGUUGCUGUCCUCAAAACCCUACGAAAUAAAGAGACUCUUGGAUGGACUUAAGAUUCGCGAGGACAAUUCAGCGUUGAAAAUUGAAGAAACGUGUCUUCCAACGCCUGGCAACUUUAUUCAUAUUACAGACCAUCACUUGCUGGUGGAUGACUUCACAGUGUUCAGUCCUGGUGAGUACGUUGGUUAUGAGCUUGAUGAUCCAAGUCUUCGAGGAGAAGAUGGCACCCCAACCUACAUCUAUGCAAUUGUCAUCGAAGAAGUCAUCGAGCACGGACAACCCUCAARCACAGAACCAAGCUUAAGAAAAUACAGAAUUGAUAUCGGAAAAGACAAAGAACCAAUUGUUGUAGACGCAGCAGAUUUGUACAAGUUCUACCGCCCGAGCCGCCAGGCAGGGGAACAGGGCAACAGUGAGUGUUUAGACAUGGAACCCUUCACUGGUUCUCGAGAUGAAAAGUCUGCCAAUCUUGAUGAAAUUCGAAACGAGAUCAGAAGAAUUCUCCAAGAGGCUUGGAAGCAGCCUGAAGAGAAACGAAGGAAGAUCAUUAAGCGUUUGUACCUUAAGUGGCACCCAGAUAAGAAUCYUGGAAAUGAAACGUUUUGCACAAGCAUUUUUAAAUUUAUUCAAACAGAAAUCGAAGUGUUAGAAAAAGGCAAAAGCAACAAAGAUUUCACCAGUUCAUUUUAUAAGACUUGGAAGAACCGAGCUCGGAGUCAUAAAAAGCAAAGGUCCUCUUUCAAUACAGAUGGUGAAUUUCCUUGGAGGUCAUACAGACGUAACCCCCAACCUGGUGAAGCAAGAAGGUGGUACAAACAAGCGGAAGCAGAUCUGGAAGCAGCAAGUAAUGAUGUUAAAUAUCAAAGAACCUCGUACGAAUGGGCUUGCUUUAAGUGCCAUCAGUCCGCAGAGAAAGCCUUGAAAGCAGCACAGUAUUUCAUAGAUGCCGAUAAAACCAACGUCCACGAUCUGAGGAAGAUAGCUCAUGACCUAGACAAUGAUAACUUGAGCAGGUUGGCCUCAAAGCUUGAAAGUCUUGUUGGAGAUUCAACACGCAUGCGUUAUCCAGACCGAGUACGGUAUCCCAACAUACCCCAUGAUGUAUACACUAGUUCAAUGGUAUCAAAGGCAAUAGAUCUUGCAUCUUCCAUCGUCCUGGAGGUGGAAUCAAAGUUCAACAUAGCCACUGGACAGGAUAACCACAAAUAAAAGACUCUCACUUUCGGUGACCGUGAACGCUGGAAAAAUAUAAUAGUUCGAAGCUGUUGUAUCCUUAAAGUAGAUUAGAUAGUCCACUAACUUUUAUUAGAUUUAGUUUUUGAUAUAUCUUUCCUUAAACAAAUUUUAACCAAGUUUAAGCCUCUCAAUUUGAAUGACAGUCGGAAAGCUGAAAAAGUAGUUCGAAGCUGUUGUAUCCUUAAAGUAGAUUAGACAUGUCGGUUAACUUUUAAUAGAUUUAUUUUGUCAUUUAUCUUUAAAAAACACAAAGCCUUUCGGACUAACAAUCGAAACGUCAAUGUACUUACAAACUUUUUUACGAGCUUUAAAUAAGUUUCCUUCAUAUUCACUUGUUAUCCAGUUGAGUUAUCAAAGGAAUUAUCAAUAAGGAAAAUUGUUCGCGUCCACCAAUCAGAAUUCAGUAAAAAAUUGUUGCGUUAUCAAUCUCGAGCCCACGUUUUUUCUGGUCAGUAUCGUGUAACAAGAGGCUAUCGGUGUUGAAUCUUAUUGUCCGCUAUUGUUCUGGUGCAACCAACAAGAGUGCAGUAAAGAUUCGUUUGAGCCUGAACCUCUCCUUUCUUGAAUGUAAAAACGAGCAUGUGCAAAUCUGACUGAUACAUUAACAUAAGCUUUARUCAGUUUGAUUUUCUCUGUCGAACUUAGAAUGUCAGAAAAUGUAACAGAAGAAAAUUAUAUUUAACGAUUUACUAAAAAUUUUAACUAGAUUUUUGAAAACAAAAUAUUGUAUUUUCAUCUUUCCAAGUAAAUUACAGGUUUUAUUGAAGUA